GGAAAGCUUCCUUCGCUCUCGGCUGCAAGCAAAUUGACGAGCGCUUUGGUGUUAUCGCUUUCCCUCCGGCUCGCACAUCCAUGAUUGGGUGAUGAGCGGGCGUAUACGAAAGGCACAAAGUAUAAUACGACUCUGUGUAUCAGUAUCAUCUUCUUCAAAUUCAUACGCUGAGGGUAGACAUGCUUUCGCCAUCGACUUAUAUUUUUGAAGAUGCUGUGCGUAGUGAGGGAACGAGAGAUAUUGAUCGUCUGUGUUUAUAUCGCGGAAACGAUAUUCUUGAUAUACACAUCCUCAGCUGAAGUUCUUAUUUUCGAAGGAAACUGCACAUGAACCUCUUCCGAUCAAAAUCUAAAAAGCCAACAAAAUGCCCUUCCUUUCCGAGGUUUCCCUUGUAAAUGGCGCCCCCCACGUCGGGAAGGACCCCUACACGUUGGGCGCUUCUCCUCCCGGUUGCGCCCAGUCCGAGCACGACGUGUACCCACCCGCGAUCGGGGAGUGGUAUGAGGAACUGGUGAACCAGUCCGGCGGCGCCCUCCAGCGCGCCCUGAUUUCCUCCACCUACGCGAAGACCCUCGCUUCCUCCGCCACCGCGCUGGGGAACCAGGCGCUGAAACAGCUGAACCAGUUCGAAUCCUUGACGCCCGAGCUGCAACACCAGAACAACGGGUACAUGCGGUACGAUACGGGCGCGCGGGACAUCUACGGCCUGACGUUGAAGAGCGGGGGGCACAACGCGCACGGGAAAGGCUCGCGAAACGUGUACCACAAAGCGGGCAACGAGUACGUAUGGAUUGCAAAUGUGUCUAGCUCUGGAAGAGUGGAACUUGUAAUGCUGUCUGCGGAUUCUAACAAUAUCUGUGUUGCAUGAGCAGCAAGAGGACUCAGUUCUUGGCACGCGGCGAGGGCGUUUCUCAUGCGUAAUUAGCAUCAAGAGGCUCUCAAAAAAUCUGUGUUGCUAGCACCAGCAAGGAAAACCUCACGGGUCAUGCAAAAUGUGCAUGACAAGCCCCGACUCUUCCAGAAGCGGACACUUCUGCAGUUGAUAGUACGCGGACCUGUACAAGGAGGAAAAGGACAUCCCGUUCACCGGCGCGACGUAUAUCCCGAAGAAGCCGUCGACGUACGGUACUCUGAAUCCGAACAUCAAAAUACCCUGAGUAAAAACGUCGCCACCCCAUAGUUGUCAUGCAAACCUGCAUGCUCAAUCUCAAAGUGUUUCUCAUGCGGAGCCCCAUGAGAAGCGUUUUCUCGUCGUGUUUUGGAAGUUGUAAUGUUCCAGUCAGCAUAGCAGGCUAGAUCUGUGAUGCUGCUUGCUAAACGAGCUAAACAGGAUUACAAUACGAGGCCAAGCUUGUCAUGCGCAAUAGCCAAAGCUGGCUGACUUGUCUAGCAUAUUGCCCAUCUUGACUAUGUGGUGGGGACGUGUUUACUCAGGAUACAAAACCUACGAGGAGCUCGGGUCCGAACCGCACGACGAACCGUAUGGCGCUCUCAGAUGUUACAUUCUCGCUUGUAUACGUGAUUUGUCAUGCAAAAGGACCAUGAGCCACCAGACGAUCAAGCUGCUUCGCAUGACAAAUUCUCGGAGGGCUCAACAGCGUGUAAAUCUGUGCCAAACCUGUCAUGCAAGACGCGCAGGCCCCCCCUUCCACUUUUGCCAUUCUGGCAUCACAAAUUCAUGUAAGAACAGUUGGCGAUGUAACAAUUGAGAACGCCAUAAGCCGCCGAAGGCGGACGGCGUGGCGACCGAGGAAUUUUCCCGGUCCAGCGUCGAUAACCGGACGCCGGAGGAGAGGAAUGAAGAGUUCGAGAAAACCGGCGAGCCGCAAUCGGUGCGCAAGUUUGAAACCGUGGUCGAUAACGGGGACAAGGAGAAUAGCGGGGACGACGGUGGGGCGUUGGAGAAGGCGGAAACGGACAAGAUGCACAAGCGGGACGAGCGAAAUGUGUACGUGGAUACCAGCGCGACACAGGCCUACCUGGAUCCAACGCGAACCUCGAAACCGGAAUUGAAAUACGGAUUUAACUUACUGCAAAUGCUCGGGGUCGCGACUUGAAGAUGCUGUUUUAGAGUUGAGUUUCUCCUUAUCUUUGGUGCGGCCUUGCUGCUGGUGUAGCAGUAUCACUAGAAGAUCAAGAUAAGUAGUACUUACACAACUUCGUUUAUUCGGCAUAGAAAUGCUCUGGUCAAUAUCAUCUCUUUAUUCCGCCUCACCUACCGGAAAACGAAAUGAAUAUACAAUCGUCGUCACUGUACCUAGUACGCUAAUCGGAGAAGUCGGCACGAGUACUACAAAGUGCUGCUGCUGCCGCCCUCCUCUGAGUGGAUUUGUUUCAACCGUAGUGAAAAGAUGAACUCUACACAGAGUUUUCGCAAUGACAAAAGAAAGAAACAACUACAUGGCAGAAGAUCUUCUAGUACCAGGGCUAUGUUGCCUCCGAGCUCCCUGUGAGAAUGACAAG